AUGGGUUGGGUUAAGUUCAAAGAUGACCCAUUAAUGGAUAAUGUAUCACAAGUCUAUUAUGUUGAGGAUCCAAGGCACCCAGAUUGGGCUGUUGUUGUUAAGACAAAACCACGAAAUGUAUACGAUGUCGGCCAAGGGGAGGGUCUUGACGAUGAUGUUGGGGACUACCGUGAGAAUGUGCCUUUCAAUCUGAACAUGCUCCAAGAAACGAAUGAUUUUGGCAAUGAUGACGUUGAUUGCGCUCAAAAUGACGUAGAUGUCACUGAAGUGGGAUUGUAUGAAUGGCACCCAAUAAAAGACCAAGAUUCCCUGCGUUCUCAAGAGUUGAUAAAGGUAAAGAACCACUCGAUUUACUAUGCCCCCCCUCCACCGGGUUGGUACUUGGGAUGGGAGGAUGCGUCACAACGUAUUGGGUCCACCACCGUCGUACCCAUUCCAGAGCGAAGUGAAAACCAACUGCCAUCACCUUCCACCGGUGACCUACAUGCAUCUUUACGCACAUCCACACCUGGUCUAGACACGGAACGGCCACAACCACAGGUCGUUGGGCCGGGAGAGGUCCGCACUAUUGAUAGCGAUGGUAGAGUGAAUGUCAGGCCAAUGCCUUCGCCUGCUAAUGUUUGGCAGUUGCCACGAGGUGAAAGGGUAGUGAUUGAAUUUAAUGAAGAAUGUCAGCCGGUUGGCCCUGGCAGUGAAAAAUUGAGAAGCCUUGGGGGGAAGCUGAUCAGAAGCAGUCAAUUUAGCGAGUUAGAAACACAUAAUUGGAGGAGGGUAUCAACUCAAAAGAAGGAAGAUAUUUGGGCUACUCUAAUGUCAAAAUUCCAUGUUGAGACUAGUCAACAACUGAGUGAAAUUAAAAGGAUCACAUUCAUGGACCUGGGGAAAAAGAGGAAGGAUUAUAGGUAUGGGAUCAAGCAUUCACUACAAAUUAAGGAGGGUGAGACAGUUGAAGAAAUCCUUGAAUCGACACCUACCAACCACGGGCUCCCUCCUGAAACUCUGGAAGUAAUGGUUCGGAGAUGGAAAAGUGAACUUGAUAAGGAAAUGGCCAAUGUAAACAAAGAAAGCCGGGCCUUGCAGAAAUUUCACCACACCUCUGGGUCAAAAAGCUUUGCACGUCUUGCAUAUCAAAUGGAAAAAGAGUCAGGGUAUACCUCGAAUCGUAGCCAACUUUUUAUGGUGACUCACAAAAAGAAGGACGGCAACCCUGUCAAUGAAGAGGCUGCGAGGAUGAUGGCCCAAAUGGAGGAAUUAAUGUAG